AUUGACCCUCAAAUUGUUUUCCAAUUACUGGGAGGCAAACAACUUCAACGCUCUUAUCAUCCCAUUUAUUAGGGGGCCAAUUCUCGCACUUCCAUUCGUUUUCUUUUCGUUUGGGAGCACGGGAUGGAUGGAGUACUUUGGGAUUAUUCCAUGACAGCACCAUUGAUAAAGCAAUUCGGAUUCUUGUCGUUAACUGAUGAUGUUCGAUUUGGCCCAAGUACUUGAACUAUGCUUAUAUUACGUAUACGACCAAUCACUGCAGUGUUUACACACAGUGUGUGUUAUACCCUGAAAGGUUUGGUGGGCUUCCCAGAACCAUAUAGUUUACUUAAGUUGUUUUAAGCAACUUUCAAAUAUAUUAUACUGAAUCAUUUUUUAUUAAGUACAUUUUAAUUAAAAGAUUCGGAAGUUAGGUAAGAUAACGUUGGAGAUAAGCAGUUACUAGAGAACAACUCAUUUGAAGAGUAUCGAAAGGUUUCAACUGCUGCCACAAGCCACCCUUCAUCCGGAUUUACUUCUCUGCUCAUAGUUCCAGGGAACGGCGCUCGCUUGGAAGUGGACACCGACGGAGUGGACGAGUGCCAUUAAUGACUCGUGUUCUCCGUGGGCUUUGUUUCGUCAAUGGAAUUCUGUGAUAAGUCGGAAAUGUCGCAGAGCCUUUUCAUUUCCAUCCGCAGUGGGGUGAUAACUGAUUGGAAACAUAUUGAUUUCAUAAUUUAUGCUAAAUCUGGGCAGUGGAAACUGUAAAGGCGCUUGGGAUAAUCCCUGCAGAGUUUCCGUUUCGAUGGGUAUAAUGGCGAUGGGUAUAAUGGCGGUUCAAAAGUCUGGGUGCCACUUUGAUGGGUAUCGCCCACAUUUGGUGACAUAAACUCUAGAAUCUGAUCCCUGUUUGCGACCUGAUAGACAGUUUAUGUAUUUUUGAGGUUGUCCCGCUGAUUGCAGCUGGUUGGCCAAGAACCUAGCCGAGAACCCUGCUGACCCAGUUUAAAGGUUUGUCUUCGGGCCUAGUGAUGUUCGUGUAUAUCUUGUUGCAUAAAUUAUCAUAAAUGUCACUGGCCGACUGGGUGAUGGCAUUUUUCCAUUUGAUCGCUUAGCAUUUCCCUUUCGCUGGUGGGUUAAGAACAGUUAUAGCGAUGCGGGAAAUGUGUUUUCUGUUCGAUCUAGAGAUUAUUUUGUAUAUUUUCUAUGCAUAUUAAAACGUAGCUCUCGAGUUUUCAGCUUAUAAAAGCAGAAUUCGAAUUUUUGGUCUCAGUCCGAUCUGAAGAGAUAUCCGAAGUACAUCAUGAGUUUUCUGGGACUCUUGGCUUUCCUGGUUGCUGGUCUUUGCUCCACCGCCCAGGCUUCGUUGGUGAAAUGCUCCUGUGAUCCUGGCCCACAGGGGGAACGAGGACCUCCAGGUCCGCCCGGACCUCCUGGCAAUCAGAUCGGUCUCCCUGGCAGUGGUUCUGGCUACUGGGGCUAUCCACCCACAGGUCCUUACCCCCCAAAUCUGCCUUUCAUCCAGGGACCUAGAGGAUUACCAGGACCGCCUGGUCCUCCUGGGUAUUGUUUCCCAUGCCCAGCUGCUCCACCUUUGAGAUCUUUUCCGCCACCUGGAGUUCCAGUUCCUCCUUUCAUUUCCACCCCAGCUGGUGGCGGAUUUGGUGGAGCCUCUGCAUUGACCACCGCUGUGGGCAACAUUAUAGUGAUUCCGGGAGGAGCAGGAACGGGAUUAGCUGGCCGCGCUCAGUUCUUCCACAUUUCACCCGAUGGCCAGGUGGUGCAGAUCGAUCGACCGCAGAAUCUGCCCAGUGAACUAUUCGAUACACCGGCGAACCAAGGUUCCGGUGCUCCCAUUCCUCCACCGCAACCCACAUCGUCAUCUCUGUCGGGGAUCACACCACCAGCCGUUCAAGUGCCACCCACUCAACCCACGCCCGGCGAUCUGGGAGCCCAGCAGCCCACACUUUUGCCCGAGAAUGUGGAGGAAACUGUGUUCGCGGUGGGCAAUCGCAAGGACUUCCUGCGAGGUAGUUCCGAUGCCAGCGAUUGGAGAAGGAUUCUUCUGCUGGGAGAGCGACCCACCGAUGGUAUACUCAAGGGCCAGUCCAUGCAGCAGCUCAAUCACAACCAGCUCGAGAGCAGCAUGGAUAACUUUCAGAGGGCCUUGGUCGAACUGAAGGAGAAGUAUGCCACGCUCAUCCAACCGCGCAACUCAAACCAAUAUGCAGUCAUCAUUUAAACGGAAAACUUAAGAUUAAAGUCAGUUGAAUAAUUUAAUAAAAACGGUAAUGAUAAUGUCUAAAAAGAAAAUAAAUGACUA